UAUCGAUUGAGGCUUCGAGAAGAGUUCUGAAUCGGUUUCCUCCCUGCUCCUGCCUAUGUGUUCUUCUCGCCGAGGAGUGCACGUCAAGCCGGCGCAGUGAACGCAACCGUCAGGCGUCAUGCACGGCAUCCACCGCUUGACUCGAAGUAGAGUUGAGAUUUGGAAGAGAGAUGGCUCUGGAUGCCGCCCUGUUCACUCUAAUCAGCCGAGACAGCGAACCACUGUUUCUUGCGACAAGAGGCAGCAUCAUCUAGACAUCUUCAAUACCUGGUCAUCUCUGAAACAUCUCACUUCUUACUUCGGUCUCGCAAGUUCACGAGGGUCUCGUUUUCCUACCUUCGGGUGUUCUUUCCGCCGUUUCGUGUCCUCCUUAUGCCAGCCUGCUUUUCUCUUUCUCCUGCCCCCGAACGCUCUGCAAUCUCCUUGCCAGCGGCAUGCACGCGACGAAACGGCUUUUACUGUUGCCAUCGAUACCCCCCCUAUCAAAACGCACAACAGUCUCUCCUACAUGAGCGCAUCUUCGUAAAAAAAAUAGUAGCAAAUCGAAAUUGGACUGCUGCAACUGUGUCGCCUCGAGUUGAAACAUUAAAUUCGGAGGCCAAUGAUGUCAGGUUCAAGAGGUAAAGUUGUUUCCGCAAAGACAUUCUGGUCUCA